AUUCUUAGAUUCAUUCAAUCUUGUCUGUUUGACCCACUUAGGUAUUGCCUCUUUAGCCACCACCCACCAAGAAAACUCAACUACUUACAUUUGUUUCUUGCCCAUUGCCAAAUAACCAACUAUUUGUCUAGUUUAUCAACUUGGGCUAUACUUUUCUCACUUCUCUCCACUUGUCACGCAACUUCGUUCCCCCUUUAAAACCCCAUCCCCUCACUUCUCAGUCUCCUUCAACUCACAAUUUCUUUCCCCUUUCAAACACUUUUGCUCUGCAUCUCUCUAGCAUCCCAAUUCAUAACCAAAGGUUCCUUCGUUUUUUGUGUUUACUUUCGGUGUUGGAAUCAAUCGGAUGGCUUUAGAAGCUCUCAACUCUCCAACUACAACCGCUACGCCUCCUUUCCACUUUGAAGAUACCACUAACUUACACUGCCUGGAAUCGUUCACCAAGCGUAAGCGUUCCAAGCGACCGCGUUUCGAUCAUGUGACCACCGAGGAAGAAUACCUCGCUCUCUGCCUUAUCAUGCUAGCACGCGGCGGUGAUGCCAACUCCACCAACACUUCUGUUAUCCCACACCGCCAUCGUUCUCCUACUCCAACCGCCUCACCACCGCCUGCACCAGCACCAGCACCAGCACCAGCACCAGCACCGACCUCAACAGUGCAAAAUGUUAGCUACAAGUGCAGCGUUUGCAACAAGUCCUUUAACUCUUACCAGGCUUUGGGUGGUCACAAAGCCAGCCACCGUAAGCUUUCAGGCGGAAACGAUGACCAGUCAACGUCGACAACCACCUCUGCCACUGCUGGCGGAGUUAUUUCAUCUGCUUUGAACCCAAGCGGUAAAACCCACCAGUGUUCUAUCUGCCACAAAAACUUCCCUACUGGCCAGGCCUUGGGAGGCCACAAGCGAUGCCACUAUGAAGGUGGGGCUGGGAAUAAUGCUAGCGCAACCGCUAGCGCCAGCGGCGUGACGACAUCUGAAGGAGUGGGCUCAACCAAUACCAUGAGCCACAUCAGCCAGCGAAUCGACUUUGACCUGAACCUACCGGCUUUGCCAGAAUUCUCACCGGCUAACUUCUUCGUAUCUGGCGGUGAUGAUGAAGUGGAAAGCCCACACCCUGCUAAGAAGCCACGUCUCUUGGUGCGGAUGCCACCCAAAAUGCAAGUCAACGAAACAAAUUAGAAGCUUUUUUUUUUUCUUAUAGUUGUGUAGGAAUUAAUUAAAAUUUAGACCAGAUUGAAUGUGUUUCUUUUGUUUUGGUGAAACAAUUUUCGUUUUUGGCCUCUGUACAUAGCACUUGAACAACUCAUCAUCAGUCUCAAUUGCUACUGUGUUUAUUAUUUAGUGAAUUCAAUUAAUUCUUCACAAUUUGGUACUUA